AUGUCGAAAGAAAAAAAAAAGAAAUUAAAUACUAAUAACAAGGAAUCCGAAGAUUCAUACCGACAUCUCCUUAAAUUAGCUAUAGCAGAGCUCAAUAAAAAUAAUUAUUCGGCCUUUAUUUGCUCUUUAACUAGCGUUAUUGAUCAUUGCAAGCAAGAAAAUUUGGCAAUUGAAGCAAAAUUUUGGUUAGCACUUAUAUAUGAAAAAGGUUUAGGUUUUGGAAGUAAUGAAAAAAAUCAAGCUUUUAAUUAUUAUGAAGAAGUUUUUGACAGUAAUUCAAAAUUCAAAGAAAAAGCCAGAGACCAUUUAAUAAUGUGCUACUCUCAAGGAAUCGGUGUUAAAAAAGAUGUUUCAAAAGCUGAAGAACUUUACAGCGGGAAACCAAAGAAAAUUAAGUAA